UGCAAACAUAACCACAAGGACAAGAUAGACAUAUCUCAUGUCUUCUUCAUAAAAACUAAAAAAGGCCUAAAAUUUAAAAAGGAAGAGCAACAUAGAGCUCCUCCAUCAGAUUGGUCCCAUGGCCACAAGGCUGUUAAUGAAGACUCAAAUGACAGCUUCACAACUGUCUCCACCAUUGUCAAAUACCAUUGAGAUUUCAAGAAGUAAUAUUUCAGCCACUAAUAUUAAUAAUCCAAGAAACUUUAAUAAGAUUUCAAGAUUUGGACAGCAAAGGACUAUUUUUUGUGCUGCUGCUGAACAACAGAAUGUUGAGGUUUCACAAUCAACUGCUUCUUCCCAAGUCAAGAUUCAACUCUAUGAUGUCCUCCAAGGAAUUAACAGAGGGAUUUUUGGAGUAUCAUCGGAGAAGAAAUCUGAAAUAGAAGGGCUGGUCAGGCAAUUGGAAUCUCAAAAUCCAACUCCUGAACCAACCUUAUCUCUAGAUAAGGUGGCUGGAAAUUGGAAGCUUAUAUACAGUACGAUAAGUAUUUUAGGAUCAAAAAGAACAAAAUUAGGAUUGAGAGAUUUUAUCGCACUGGGGAAUUUAUAUCAGAAUAUUGAUACUUCUGAGGGAAAAGCUGUGAAUGUGAUCAAGUUUAAUGUAAGAGGAUUAAGUUUAUUGAGCGGAGAGUUAAGGAUUGAAGCCACCUUCAGAAUUGCAUCCAAAUCAAGAGUUGACAUUUCUUACAACAGUUCUGAAAUAACCCCAAAUCAGUUGAUGAACGUGUUUCAAAAAAAUUACAAUCUUCUUCUUGGCAUCUUCAACCCGGAAGGUUGGCUCGAGAUUACAUAUAUCGAUGAGAAUUUGAGGAUAGGCAGAGAUAACAAGGACAACAUUUUUGUCUUGGAGAGGGUUAACUAAUUGUCAUGCCCUUUUCCCCCUUAUUUAUAUGUAAAGUUCAAUACAUAGAAGAAAUAGUCCCACUUAUAAUGGUUAUGUUGUAACAUUUACAAUAAAAUAUAAUAGUGCAUAACUUAUUAUUCAAAUGUCAUCAAUUAAAAUGAAAUGCUAACAAUACGUAUUGAAUUUA